AUGAAAACAAUCAAGAAACAAUCUGUAUUAGAAACAUGCAAAUCUUCUGUACAUAAAGCUUAUAGUCAAGAUUCAAAUAACGAAGUUACAAAAGGGAAAAGUCUGUUUGUCCAUUAUCUUUUCGAUAAUGCAAAAACUGUUUCACCUUGUAUUCAAGUAAAAGAGGAGAUUACUUAUGUAGAACAAUUCAAAACCGAUGAGACACCGGUAGCUGUUCCAGUUCGUACGCCUUCUACGCCACAUAGAAUAAAGAUGCCAACAGAGGAUUUAGAUGAAGGAGCUACAAUUACUACCAAUACAAAGCAACCUGUGAUUACAUUACUUAGUAAUAGUUCGUUACAAGUUAUAAAGAAGCCGGCUCAACGUGGACGUAAAAAAGGAACAUCUUAUCAGUCUGUCAAUAAUCGUUUAUCAAAGCCACUGAACAAUGAAACAAAUCAUUCAAUCACUGACUACUUUCCAGUACGUCGUAGUGUAAGGAAGAGCAAGAAGGUUGUAUUAGAAGAGAAGCAGCGUGAUCUAGAACAUAAGGUGCUUUGCCAAGUGGAAGAUGGUUUAGAGGUAAAAAAUUUUCCAGGUAAAGGUCGCGGUGUCAUAACGACACGAGAAUUUGCCAAAGGUGAAUUUGUAGUAGAAUAUAUCGGCGAACUGAUCAGUCAGGGGGAGGCAAAGGAGCGUGAAGAGUUGUAUGCACAAGACCAAAAUACUGGAUGCUAUAUGUAUUAUUUUCAACAUCGCAAUCAGCAGUAUUGUGUUGAUGCAACGGCGGAGACUGAUAAACUUGGCAGAUUGGUGAACCAUUCGAGAACCGGCAAUUUAAUUGCGCGAAUUGUUGAGGUCAAUUCAAUACCGCAUCUGGUACUUACGGCAAAGGAGAACAUACCGAUCGGUGUAGAGGUCUCGUAUGAUUACGGAGACCGAAGUCGCGAAUCGAUUCGACAUCAUCCAUGGCUAGCGUUAUAGCAGUUCCAAUUCACUAUUUAUACAACAUCGUGUUACAUUGUACAAAAAUUCAUUUCAUUUAUAUUCCUCCUAUGAAGGAACCAUAUAUCAUGUAUGUUGAAUUUUCUAUGUGGUACAAAUUGUUCACAGCGAGACGCGGUGUAUUAGUGUUCAUUAAUUGAACGAAUUUGCGAGCUUCUACGCUAGUGAACUCCAAAUACUUUUGGACUAGUAAAAGAGAAUUGCAUAUUAAAUUGUUAAUUAUGACAAUUAUCGUUAAAAUAAUUAAUUUCGGAAUUAUGCUUAUUUG